GCCUCCCUCCUCAGGCGGCGCUCUUCCUCACUCCUGUCCCAACUGCAGCCUAUGGACGGCUGCGGGGGACGCCUCGCCGGACCCCAGCCCAUCCCACACACUCCCGCCCACCCGCCUCAGGGUCCACCGAAACAUCUGUUUGGAUUGUUUCAUUAUAACCCCACAAUGCUUGGACUUGAAUCACUUCCAGAUCCCACUGAUACCUGGGAAAUUAUAGAGACCAUAGGUAAAGGCACCUAUGGCAAGGUCUACAAGGUAACCAACAAGAGAGAUGGGAGCCUGGCCGCAGUAAAAAUUUUGGAUCCAAUCAGUGAUAUGGAUGAAGAGAUUGAAGCAGAAUACAACAUUUUGCAGUUUCUUCCGAAUCAUCCCAAUGUUGUAAAAUUUUAUGGGAUGUUUUACAAAGCGGAUCACUGUGUGGGAGGACAGCUCUGGCUCGUCCUGGAGUUGUGUACUGGGGGCUCAGUCACCGAGCUGGUCAAAGGUCUGCUCAGGCGUGGCCAGCGAUUGGAUGAAGCAAUGAUCUCAUACAUCUUAUAUGGGGCCCUCUUGGGCCUUCAGCAUUUGCACAAUAACCGAAUCAUCCACCGUGAUGUCAAGGGGAAUAACAUUCUUCUGACAACAGAAGGAGGAGUUAAGCUCGUUGACUUUGGUGUCUCAGCUCAACUCACCAGUACACGUCUACGGAGAAACACAUCUGUUGGCACCCCAUUCUGGAUGGCUCCCGAGGUCAUUGCUUGUGAGCAGCAGUAUGACUCUUCCUAUGACGCUCGGUGUGACGUCUGGUCCUUGGGGAUCACAGCUAUUGAACUGGGGGAUGGAGACCCUCCCCUCUUUGACAUGCAUCCUGUGAAAACGCUUUUUAAGAUUCCAAGGUAG